GUUCCAGAUGUGACGAGUGCGCCCCCGGAUACUUCGGGAACCCUCUGGUGCCCGGCGGGAGCUGCAUGCCCUGCCGGUGCAACAACAACAUCGACAUGCACGACCCGGGGUCCUGCGACGCCCGGACGGGGGCCUGCCUCAAAUGCCUGUACCACACCGACGGCUACGGGUGCCAGCACUGCAAACUGGGUUACUACGGCAACGCUGCCACGCAGAGCUGCAGGAAGUGCAUGUGUGACAGUGUGGGGACGCUACCUCCGGCCUGCUCGUCCCCGAACGAGUGUCAGUGUGAUCAGCACACCGGUCAGUGUUCCUGCCAGCCCAACGUGGUCGGUCAGAACUGCGACCGCUGCGCCGCGGACACGUGGAACAUCGCCAGCGGGACGGGCUGCGAGCGCUGCGACUGCGACCCCGUCCACUCCUUCGGCUCCUCCUGCAAUGAG